AUGGGCAUGGCAGGUCAUCGUGGGACAAUGUGGCUUCUUCCCACUGUCCUCCUUUUCCUUCAGAUGAGGCAGACAGUCAUCCCAAAGUUCUGCAGAAUAAACAACGGGGACUGUGAGCAGUUCUGCAGCGUCCAAAGAGAUGGGCGGAAGGAUGUGGUGUGCUCCUGUGCAGAUGGGUAUGUUCUAGCAGAGGAUGGCAAACACUGUGUUGCAACAGUAAAAUACCCUUGUGGAAAAGUUUCUGUGGUAAGGAAGAAAAGGUCUGUUCUUUCACCCACUGACCAAAGCAGUGGAAUGAGUGAUCAAGAUCCUCCUGCAUAUGAAAUGACCACAGAGGGGAACUUUGUAAUAACCACAGAAAGCCCAACACCUCCACCUGACAACAGAACAAGCGGCAAGAAUCCAUAUGUCAAUACCAGGAUAGUUGGUGGAGAUCAGUGUCUUCCUGGCCAAUGCCCAUGGCAGGCUGUUCUGUUAAAUGAGGAAGGAGAAGAGUUUUGUGGUGGCACUAUUCUGAAAGAAAAUUUCAUACUUACUGCAGCUCAUUGCAUAAACCAAUCCAAAGAAAUCCAAGUUGUUGUUGGUGAGGUGGACAGAGAGAAGAAGGAGCAGUCUGAAUCAAUGCACACUGUGGACAAAAUAUACGUUCACUCCAAAUUUAUUGCUGAGACUUACGAUAAUGACAUCGCCUUACUAAAACUGAAGGAACCUAUCAGAUUUUCAGAGUACGUCAUCCCAGCAUGUCUCCCCAAAGCAGACUUUGCUAAUGAAGUUCUGAUGAAGCAGAAAUCUGGGAGGGUUAGUGGCUUUGGGCGGGAAUAUGAUGGUGGACAACUCCCAAAGAAACUGAAGGUGCUUGAACUCCCCUAUGUUAAUAGGAGCACUUGUGAGCAAUCCACUUACUUUGUGGUAACUGAGAACAUGUUCUGUGCUGGUUAUGACACAGAGGAAAAAGAUGCUUGCCAGGGAGACAGUGGUGGCCCCCAUGUGACCAGAUACAAGGAUACUUAUUUUGUUACUGGAAUUGUUAGCUGGGGUGAAGGAUGUGCAAGGAAAGGCAAAUAUGGGGUCUACACCAAACUGUCCCGGUUCCUGCGCUGGGUAAGGACAGUCAUGAGUUUGUAGUGGUGCUGUGUCCCUUGAUCCUCCUUGUUACCUGCCAAGGUGCAGGAUUAGAAAUGGAAACUUUCUUUUCCUGCUCAUGUGCUAAGUUGGUUUUGACAUCUCCCUAAAGUUAUGGUCUG